AUGGCGGCGGCGGCGGCGGCCGGGGCGGCCCAAGAGAAGCAGCUCCCGCCGGCUCUGCUGAGCUUCUUCAUCUACAACCCGCGCUUCGGGCCGCGCGAGGGGGAGGAGGAAAACAAAAUUUUGUUUUAUUAUCCAAAUGAAGUAGAGAAGAAUGAGAAGAUUAGAAAUGUCGGGCUAUGUGAAGCCAUUGUACAGUUUACAAGGACCUUCAGUCCAUCAAAGCCCGCGAAGUCUUUACACACACAGAAGAACAGGCAGUUCUUCAAUGAACCAGAAGAAAAUUUCUGGAUGGUCAUGGUUGUUCGGAAUCCUAUCAUUGAAAAGCAAAGUAAAGAUGGAAAACCAGUUGUUGAAUAUCAAGAGGAGGAGCUGUUGGACAAAGUUUAUAGUUCUGUGCUCCAGCAGUGCUACAGCAUGUACAAGCUUUUUAAUGGGACAUUUAUGAGAGCCAUGGAAGACGGAGGUGUCAAGCUCCUAAAAGAAAGAUUAGAGAAAUUCUUCCAUCGGUAUUUGCAAACGCUGCAUUUGCAGUCAUGUGAUCUACUCGACAUUUUUGGUGGAAUCAGCUUCUUCCCGUUGGAUAAAAUGACUUAUUUGAAAAUCCAGUCCUUUAUUAAUAGGAUGGAGGAGAGCCUGAGUAUAGUCAAAUACACUGCCUUUCUCUACAAUGACCAACUCAUCUGGAGUGGAUUGGAACAAGAUGACAUGAGAAUUUUAUACAAAUACCUCACCACGUCCCUCUUUCCAAGGCAUAUCGAACCCGAGUUGGCAGGAAGGGAUUCUCCCAUCAGGGCAGAAAUGCCAGGAAAUCUUCAGCACUAUGGAAGAUUUCUGACUGGACCCUUGAACCUUAAUGAUCCAGAAGCAAAAUGCAGAUUCCCCAAAAUCUUUGUAAAUACCGAUGACACUUACGAAGCCCUCCAUCUCAUCGUUUAUAAGGCCAUGAGCGCAGCUGUGUGCUUCAUGAUUGACGCCUCCGUGCAGCCCACGCUGGACUUCUGCCGGAGACUGGACAGCAUCGUGGGGCCCCAGCUCACGGUGCUGGCAUCGGACAUCUGUGAGCAGUUUAACGUCAACAAGAGAGUGUCCGGGUCUGAGAAGGAGCCCCAGUUUAAGUUCAUCUACUUCAACCACAUGAACUUGGCAGAGAAAAGUACGAUCCACAUGAGGAAAACGCCCAGCGUGUCACUGACGUCUGUUCACCCGGAUCUGAUGAAGAUUCUGGGCGACAUCAACAGUGACUUCACCAGGGUGGACGAAGAUGAGGAGAUCAUCGUGAAAGCCAUGAGUGACUAUUGGGUUGUUGGGAAAAAGUCUGACCAGCGGGAGCUCUAUGUUAUUUUGAAUCAAAAAAAUGCAAACCUGAUUGAAGUAAAUGAGGAGGUCAAGAAACUUUGCGCCACGCAGUUCAACAACAUCUUCUUCCUGGAUUGA